UUAUUUGUGGUGAAGACAAAGAAAAACUGACAGUUUAUUCACAAUCAUUUAUUUUCACCUGAUACAAAAAUGGAUGUAAAGUUCAGCACAGAUGCCUGAUUCUGAACUGUAAUGGAAAUCAUGUACAUACAACUGUUGCCUCUUAUGAUUCAGUGCUGCUGCUCACAGCUCUCCACACAUUGUGAUGACGACAGGGAGUUUUGGUUUGUUGUUCGGUCCAGUCGGCACAUUCUGUUGGGAGACAAGCCACAUGUUCUGAAAGUAGCACUGAACACAUCUUCAGUUAUGAAUUUGCCACAUCGGUCCGACCAGGGAAAAGAGCAAAGCCAAAUGGCAAAGCUCUUGAUGUACUGGUCCAUCAGCAUUCCUGCCCUCAACUAUCAUGGCAAUAAGCUUUAGAACAAAGCAGAGGUGUCUCGUGAGUAACACUCCUUCAGAGCGAGACCUUGUGUAUUGAGAGAGGUUUUGUUUACGUGGCACAAAGAGGUGAGUUCUGGUCAUUACUAACUGGGAGGAGGCCACGGGGUAGACCCAUGCCACGUGGGAGUGAUGCCAGUGUUGAACAAUCUCAGGCAACAAAUAGAUAUAUUUUUUAUUCCACACACAAAAAAGAAAAUAAUUUCUUCUACAUCAAAGCAUGAAACGCCCCACAUACCUCAAUUUUUCUCAUGGUCAGCAAGCCGUCAACCACUUUCCCUGAAACCAGACAGGACGCUGAGUAAAGCACGAACAUUUAAAAACCAGUGUCACCGUCUCACACUCACCAAACACAACAUGCUUCCCAUCUAAAAAGUCGCAUUUGGCACAGGUGAUGAAAAACUGGCAGCCGUUCGUCCCCGGCCCGCUGUUGGCCUGAGAGUCAAGACGGACGCUAGUUCAGUUUACAUAUGCUGAAUCCAACCAAUGUUUCAUUCCACUGACACACACCAUGGACAGAAGGCCGGGCCCAUUGUGCUUCAACAAAAAGUUUUCAUCUGCAAAUGGACCUCUGUAGAUGCUGCAGACACCAGUGCCGUCGCCCUGCGAGGCAGAAUCCACUCAUUAGAUUUGGCAAAACUGACAAACGGGUUCUGAAACUGAGCACUCACAUUAACAAAGUCUCCUCCUUGAAUCAUGAAGUCUUUGAUCAAUCUGAAAUCAUAAAGGAAAAAGACCAUUUGGAUUCCAAUAAAUAAGGAAAUCUAGAAAGUCACUCCGGAUUAAGAAACCACAUCAAAGUGUCUUUUAUUAUUUUUACAUCUUAUUCUACUCAAAUUAUGAUUAUGAAUACGUUCCAACAUAGAGCCUAGCGUUUUGAAACGUUCUACUGAAUUUCCACUAGGGGGCGGCUCUGUCAAAACCAGAAACAUCAGUCCCUCUUUACCGGUGGAAUGUGGCACCUUUGUAACCAAUCGGGACUCCAUCCUUCCUGGAGGGAAGAGAAAGGGAUCAGGUCAGGCGUGUUUUAGAGGAUCAUCAGUGAUAAGGCCUGCGAUCUCUGUAUUCUUGUACUCAAAGCAUGACCAAAUAUUUAUUGUUGGAACAGGUUUAGGGGAGAGACAGCAUCAACAAACAGAACGAGCAUGUGAUGGAAUUAUCAGAGGGAAAUGACAGUCGUCGUAUUUGUGAACUCACCGAAACUCUCCGGUGCAGAACUGCCUGCAACAAGUCGGAAGUGUUGUAAGUGACGGAAGAAUUUUGAUCACAUAUUUGAAAAGGAAACCCAAACAUGCGCUCACCUAAAAUUCUCAGCGGUUUUUGGCACUAUAUCAGCGAACAGCUCAAUCUUCAGCCGACCCGCAUCCUAGGAGGAUGAGACCAGAUUUCAGUUUGAAUAUCUUUGUGUUGCUUCAAAUUGUUGAGUAGCACGUGCAAAUACACUGAGCAAACAAGAUGUGAAGACAUUUAGAUUUCACACGACUAGUCAUCUCACUAUCUCGUUCUGAAUAAUAGCAUUGUUUAGCUGAAGUGUCGAACAGGAUGCUGAAACGUAUAUAAUCUAAUCUGUAAACAUAAAAGCUGCCUUGAGGAUCUUGAGUGAGGGGGACGGCUCGCGCCACGCAGGCCGCGCGCCACCGCACAAGUCACAUAUUGUCAGUGAUUCUCAGUGUGUGCGUCAGAACAGACACAACACUGAGUCCACACACCGAUUCUGUCGACUCCUCUGCAACUGUGGACGAACAUCAAGGGUGAGACAGUAAUCCUCCUUUUAACUACUAUGAUCUGAAGUUGGAUGAAGAAAACAACCAACAAAAAAUAGCAAUCUAAAGCGAAUCAGAUUUUAAAAAACAUCUGAAGAUAAAUGCAAGUCGAAUGCACAGAAUACAGCAGAAAACCAGCCAAGAGAUUUGGUUUUGUAAGACGUGAACCUCCAUCCAAUGACAGGAGAGACAGUGGAAGGUUGGAUCAGAUAAGCUGCAGAAAACCAAAACUCGCUCCACCUGAAUGCUUCAUACCAGCACCAGUGAAGAUGAACCACUGACAGGACAGUCGCUCGCAGAAAUUGCAGCCACGUUCUGAAACACACACAUGCUGCUGCGACGAUUAGAAUGAUGGCCAUUCUGGAGCAAGUGGAUGACGACAAGCGCACAAACUACUUGAUUCAGUAUCUGUUUCUUGUGCUUGUCAAAACCGGAUUAGAUGUCGUGAUCCUCUGCCUUUGCCACCAAAGGCGCUGCAGAUCGUUCUUGAACAUGUGCAGGUGGUCAAUAAUCCUGGCUGACAUCACUGUAGUUUACUUUAUGCUCACGCUGUCCCCUGAAAAGUCUCCUGCACCUCCCUGCUUCCUCCUGGCCUUUGUGUCCUCGGUGUUUGGAGUUCUUCCCCUGCCUGUCGUCUGUUUCGCUUUUUUGGACUACUAUUUACUGGACAGCGGCUUUUGGAACACGACGUCCUUCUGCAGAUCACUGAGGAACUCAGUAUUGAUGAUGCUAACAUGGACUUUUGCUGUUUCGUACGCCUACUUUUCUGUUGAUGGCAAACCAAUAGAAAUGACCGAUCAAACUAAUCUAAGGGUUUUUGUCUGUGAGGUUCAGGAGUCAAAGUCCAUUUUCUAUUUUGAUCUGGGCACUUUUGUCCUGAUCAUUUGCGCAACGCUGCCUUUCUGGCCGAGGAUUCCCCAGUGGAUCAGGGAGGCUCAAGUCAUAUCUGAGCUGAGGGACAACAUGAAGACCCAAGACAGCAGCUCAUUGUUUGUUCCAGGCACAGAAAACAGAGAGGAAAAUUUAGCAGUCAACAGUCAGCGGCCCUUUCUUUUGACCAGCCUAAUGCUGGGGUUCUGUAGCAUCUGGCUGCCCUACAUUGCUCUAUCCGUAUCCUGUCUGACCUUUAACAUCGGGGUGCCCACCUACAUUGCAGUCAACCUUCUGUGGUUGGAGUGUGUCAACAGUCGAGUGGGGUGUCUAGUGUUCUGGCUGCAGAGUGACACGCGAGGGCCGUACUCGCAGCUACCUGGCGACGUGUGUUCUUGGCCGAUAUUCUGGCACCUGAGCCAUGGAAGAUACUUUUCUGAGCCAAGACCACCAAAGCAAAAGACUUGUCUGCUCAUCUAAGGUGUCAAUUGUGAGAAUCUAGACGCUAAUGCUAUAAUAUUUUGAGUGACAAUGAGAUGGUGACUGUAUUUCUAAGGGGUCACUUUAGUUCUAGUAUCUUCUGUGUAUAUCCAGUUUUUACAACAGCUAUAUGUGGUGCUUCAAAUGUAAAUGCGUGUACUGAAAACGUGAUAAAUACAUAUUUGCACAAUGAUCCAUUCCAUUGUCCUCA